CUCAAAUUCUUUGACCAACUUGAAUUUAAAUUCCAACGGAAAGAAGGAUCAAUUCACUCUUUCAUACAAAAAAUUCAAUGCUCAAUUGAAAUCCCUAAAAAUGGGAAUUCACAAUUCCCCUUCUCUCUCUCUCCAACCUGCCGAUGAACAACCUCACAUCAUCACCACCGUUCAUCACACUCCCUCUCUUAACCCACCACCACCUGAAACCCCUUCUCAGCCAUGCGAUUUCCCCUCGAAACCCCAAACCAGCGGCUUGAAAGUAUCCCGGAAGAUCAAGAAACGUGCCCUUGAUGAAACCUCCUCUGCUUCGUCGUCUUCUUCAAUUCAAAGAAGAAUUCGAAUUCCUAAUAAACGCAGAAACCCUAGGUUUUCUGUUCGUCGUAGCGCCUCCGAUGUCGAAGCCAUUGCUUUCCCUCUUGGGAUGUCGAUUGCCGCUGUUUUGGCUCAGAUUUUGGAGAAGAAGGACUUGACGACUGAGAAUGUUUCCAUUGAUCAUCUGGCGAUGAUCUGUACUUCAGCUGUGAGGGAAUCUUUAACCAAUGUAUUUGGCGACAAGUUUGAUGCUUUUGCAAGAAACUUCGAGAAAUCUUUUGGAAGUACCCUCAGCACUCUGACUUUGAUAAAUAACUCAUCUAUAGACAAUAAAGAUGAUCACGUUAGGAAUAACAUUGUUGGCGAUUGUAUUUCUGAUGCAACCCAAUCCAUCUCCUUUAACAAAGGAGAUUGUUCCGCAAGAAGUAGUGAUGUUAUAGAGGAUUGCAGAAGAUCAAUAAAUGGCGCUACUGGGCCUCAGCGUCGUAUAAAAAUGGUUGAAGAGGUAGAAGAUAUUCAGUCAGCAGACUCUAGGAUUCAGGAGCGUUCCCUGCAAGGGCGUAUAAGCUCACAAAUUGUUGUUUCAAAUAUGGGAAAUCACUUGAGCAACUAUUCAGUGCUCAGUACCAUUGAGAAAUCUGUUGUUGAGCAGACGCGUGCAAAUGACCUAAAGAGCGUUGAAAUAGGUCUAAUUAUGAAAAAGUUGCGGCUGAAGGAAACUCAACUGGCUCUUAAUUCUGAUUUGAAUUUGUUGGAGAGAUGUAAAUUGUCUCUAGGAAUUUCAAGAACAUCCUUCAAAGUCGAGAAGUUUAAGAAUCAAUUGGAAGAGACAAGACAUAGUGAGCUCCUCAGAACAUGUGCAGACUUUCUUGUUGCUGAUUUGCUUAUAAUGUCAGGGUGCCUUUGCUAUGGAGUGUAUGCCUUUUCAUAUGACAAUCUUCGCCAACUCAGCAGAUCAUGUUCUGCUUCCGAGGUGUCCAAGUCCUGGUGGAUCCCGAAACCAAUGGCCUCAUUUAAUUCAGGCCUCCAGACCCUGAGGUGUGAGGUUCAAGUAUACAGCAGGAUACUUUUUGGUUUGCUGAUGAUUUUAGCAAUCGCAUAUAUUCUUAUCCAACGCUCUGAAAUUUCGAGACAAGCCAUGCCAAUCACUUUUCUAAUACUGCUUUUAGGGGUUGGCUGUGGUUUUGCUGGAAAGCUUUGUGUAGAUACUUUAGGAGGUGAUGGAUAUCAGUGGCUCAUAUACUGGGAAGUUAUAUGCAUAUUGCACUUCUUCAUCAAUGUUUUCACGCCUUUCUUAUUUUAUAUCCUUAACGGGCCCAUCCAAGUAUCUCAAGAGAAAAAGUCUCGCUCCAUCUUCCCGUUUUGGAUAAGGCGCUGGUUGUUCUAUAUCAUUCUCAUUUUGAUUCCACUUUGUUGUGGUCUUUUGCCUUUCGCGAGCCCAAGAACAUGGUGGGGAGAGCACUUCUCGAAAUUGAUCAGAAAUCAUAUGUUAGCUGCCUAUGAUGACGCUUAUGGUGACGGGAAUGAUUUCCCCGAUCAUAGUGCAGGUGAACUGUGAUUUUUUUGGGUUUCUACUCAGUUCGAGUGUUUUCUUGUUGUAAUAUAUAUGUUGCAGGGGUAUGUUAUAUUACAUCUGUAUCUAUUAGAAGUAUUAUUUUAUUUGUUAAGGCAGUUUUCUUGUCUUAUUGAUCUUUAUGGGUUAAUAUGUAUGUUCAAGCACAAUGUAGACUAACGAUAAUAAAUUUGCAAUUAUUAUGGUAGUUUCCUUCCUUCA